AUGGAAUUAUAUGCACUGGUAAAUAAAUGCACAAGAAAGUUAGAAUAUCUUGUUAUAUCAUGUGUAGUAUGUUUCUAUAUUCUUUCUAUUUAUGAUACAAUUACAUCUUCUCACAAAAUACUGCCAUUAUAUUUCUGUCUGCUGUCUUUUUAUUAUUACAUCAGGCUUCUUACAAAACACCCAGAUAUAUAUUUAGACUUUAAUUGUGUAGAUAAUGUAUGUAAACGAUGUAACCGUUUAACAGGACGAAAGAGUGUACAUUGCGAAAUUUGCAACAAGUGUUUUUAUAAACGAGAUCACCAUUGUGUAAUUACAGGGAAGUGUAUAUCGGCAGAUAAUACACCAGACUUGUAUUUUACUGUACUGUUUAUGUUCUUAUAUUCUAUUUUAGCUUUAUUUCGAUCUAGUUGUUUAAAAGAAUUUAUAUUUUUUUAUAAGUAUAUGUGUUUUCUUAGUGGAUUUUUACUCGUGUGGCUUACUCUUCUAUGUUUGAGUGAUAAAACAACAGGUGAAUUGAUUAAAAAUUUUUAUAUUGCCGAUUUUAAGAUAAAAAAUAUGAAAAACUUGAAUAAGAAUGGAAUUUUGUGUGUUGUGCUACCGAUAGUAUGUAAAACUGUACGGAUAAUAUAA